UUAAAGGGAAACGUUUAUUGGAUAAAGUUUCCUUUAGAUGAGCGCACAUUCAGAGACUUAUAGUAUUUUGGAAACAUGUACAAAAUACACAGAGAAAGCAUAAAUGCAGGCAAAGAAAGACAUCUUGAAGGCAGAUGAUCCUGAGAGGGGGGCAGUAACACACCCACACCCUGGUGCUUCAUGUUCACACCUUUGAGGGAAAUGUUUUUUCAAAUGUACUUUAAAGGCAUAGUGUGUGCACGCAUAUCAAGCAAAUGUGCUUGUUGGAAUGGGCUUAGCCAUUUACAGUUGCGGUGUUGGGAUUCAGUUGUGCCUUUGGCAGAAAUUUCAGGCAGUAUUUCAGUAAGUAAACUGCUGAGAAGACAUCUGGGCAUUAAGCGAUAUAUUACUUUCAUAGUUACAGCUUUCCCCACUGCUGUAUCUCAAGGAUAGGGAAAAUGCUGUGCCUGUUACUUUCUGUCAGCCUGUCACGAAUUUUAACGUGCCCUGGAGCCUCUCCCAUAACAUUUCAGCAUAGAGUGUUUUCCAAGACGAGAACGCGGAGGAGAACCUGGCAGUUACCCCUAUAUCGUGUCAUUAAAACAAUCGGGUAUGAAAAAUAUGUCAGCGAGAGAAUUUAAGCCGUCCCUCUUCCGCCGCACUUUCUCUUCUGAUGGCAUUGAACUUAAUCAUUCAAAGCGCUGCAACAAAAAAGCAGCGCAAGCGCCUCUUUAGACUUUCACGUUCCUUUUUCCGUCUUCUCGAACCCGCAAAUGGUGACUCCCGUCAAGCGCCUAAGGGGAACCGGAAGUUUCUCCAGAAGCUCCUCCUGCAGCCCCUUUACUUUGCUCCAGCUCGCCCGCUCGCGAGAUGUCGCUGCAGCCACGCCGCUGGUCUCGCGCUGUUCCGCCCCAGUCCGCAUGCGCGAAGCGGGGCCGGGCCCGCUCCUUGUGUCGCCGCGCCGGAAGCGGAACUGACUGGGCUUUACAAAGGUUGGUUAGCAGUAACGGCGGCGGCGGCGCUGGUGGUUUUCGCUAGCGAGCUACCUGCUUUGGGUUGAGUCCAUAGCGCUAUGGCGGCCUCGGGCCUCCCGCCGCUCCCCCCGCAGUUCAAGCCCAUCCAGCACUUCCUGAGAACCGCGCAGGAACUCGACAAGCGGGAGCCUGUGGUGGCCUAUUAUUGUAAGUGGAGGGGCCUCAAACGGCCCUGUGGGGCCCCGCCCACUUCGAACCUCGCAGCCUCUGCCGGAGGGGCCUUGGGGGAGUCACGCCUCCGCCUUGUCACGUGGUAGCCACCCCGCCCAUCCUGCCGUCCAAAUGUGCGUGCUCCUGGGCGACCUGCUGGCGGGGGGGGGGGGGGCACCGCGACGUCCUGAGUGAAGAAGCUUCUGGUUCAAGGUCCACCCACAAUUCACAACCCCAGACAAGCCUCCAGUGUCCCAGCUGCAGUGCCGGGUUUACAUACAGUAUAAGCUAAACAAACUAUAGCUUAGGGCCCCACUCUCUUGGGGGGGGGGGGCAAUUAUUUCAUGUUAUAGCAAGUUUGUAGAGUCUAGAUGAUGAGGCUGUGUAAAUUGUGUUUCUAAAGGAACUUUUGUUAUUGCCAAAUGCCAAUGUGUUUGCAUUAUCAAGUUUGUUUUGAAUCAAAAAUCAUUUUAAGUUGUUGUUUAGUCGUGUCCAACUUUUCAUGACCCCAUGGACCAGAGCACGCCAGGCACUUCUGUCUUCCACUGCCUCUCGCAUUUUAAGUUAGAGCUUACUAAUUAUUUCACUAUUAAUAUACUUCUUAACUGUAUUUCACUAUUAAUAUACUUCUUAAUUGUAUUUCAGUUCAACAAUUACUUUGAUAAAAUACAUAUUUUAUACAUUUGUGCAAAUGGCUUUAAAUACCUAUUAGGUCCAUAAAUUACCAUAUAGCAUAUAUUCAACUAAAAAAAAAAAGCAACAAUUUGUUGUUGACAAAGAACAGCUGGGCAUAUAAAGGGCCCCAUUACCUUCAGUACCUUAGGGCCUCAUCAAACCUAAAUCGGGUCCUGGGUGGGAAUCAACAGUUGUCUUUCUUCCUCCCCUCCCUUUCAGGGCUGAUGCAGAUAUAAUUGGGGACACACACUUUGAACACUCUUAAAGUGCCAUACAAGUGUUAAAAUGCAAAGUGGUUGUGUGCUUCUCAUUGUGUGUUUGUGAGUACAGUCGUACCUUGGUUGUCCAGCCGUUUGAAAACCAAAGUGCGGCUUCCGAUUGGCUGCAGGAGCUUUAUUCACUCAGGCCUUUCAUAACUAAGCUGUGCCUUUGUGGUAGUGCUCAAAAAUGACUUCUCCUUUUUAUUGUGUCAUUAGAUAAGAAUAGUAGAGUUUUUGUGUGGUACACUGUUUUAAAAUUGUCUGGGUUUUAAUUGUUUUUGUGUAUAUUUUAAGUCACUUUGAGAUUUCGUAUAAAGCAACUAGCAAAUGUAAUAAAUAAUAAUAAUAAUUAACAAGCAUCUCAAAUUGGGGCCGGAAGCAAACUGGCAACCAUUCUAGAUCUUUUUAAAACUGCUUUAAUGUGCAUCUAGCCAGUGGUUCCUCUUUGUGUCCUUGCCACUGCAUUCUGCACCAGUUUCCAGACAUGUCUUCAUGGGUAGCCCCAUGUGGAGUGCAUGGGCUAUAGGAGUACAUGAACCAGGAAGUUAUCUAGGGUGUGAAUCACUGUGGCCAGCCUUUCCUUGUCCAGGAACAGCCACAGCUGGAGCUGGAGCCACCUAUACCUCCAGUGACAGUACUGGAGCCAGGGGCACCCCCAAACUACACUUGAUGAACCCAGGACACUGGGAUGUCCUUUAGAUCUCGGCCUUUGCACAAAAGUUUACUUUCUGGGCUUUUUCUUUGAAGAUGUGAGUUUCUGAGGCUUUGUUUGAUAAUACCAUAAUCUGCAUACUAUCUCAGAGCCAAGAUAGUAAAAACUUCCUUUGUUUUUUGAUAGUUGGUUGAUUCUAUUUUCAACUUCAAUCCCCUCCCACCCACCCCAUUUGCUCAACUGGAAAAAUACGUUUGAGUGCCUUAGAGUUUAGCAGCUCCUUUUCUAACAGGUGUAUCUGUUAGCAUAUAUGUUAUUUCCCCCCAAAAUUGAGUACACGCACCAGUACAAUCUUACAUUGUUAUAAUACAUUUCAUGGUCUUAAAAUAGUAAAGUAAGCUUUGGUUCAAGAAAAAAGCAAGUAUUGCAUAUGCAUUUUCUUUUACUGGGGGGUGGGGGACUUGGCCUGGAAAAAAUGAGUUCUUCUUUUCAUUACUUCAAAUUUUCUGGAAACUACAUCUCUAUCCCUGCCCAGCAUUUCAGUACAUUUGCUAAGAUCAGCACAUUCUUCAUAUUUCCACUUCUUUGGUAUGUUGAUAGACAUAUACUUUGUUUUGAGUGGCUGCUCCAGAACUGUAGAACUUGGUUCCAUUGCAUAGUUAACUAUAGUUACACUGUUCUUCAGAUUAUAUUUAUAGUGGAAUUCUUUAUGUGUCUCCUUUGAAGUUGAGUUUGACAAGGAUUACUCACUUGAGUAGGUAUGGGGUUUCAGUAGCUAUAAUGGUUAGGGCUGUAUGGGAAAGGAGGUGGUAUUGUGCUAUGGUACUCAUUGUGUUCAAUGUUAUAUACUUUUCACUUUUUAAUAGAUUAUAUGCUAGGAAUUUUUUCUAAAGCAAAUUUUGUUCAGAACACUACAUGAUAGAAGAAAAAUGAGCUGGUCAGAGAAUGUGGAAAUGUAAAAAUACAAUUCUUAUACUAAUCCAUUAUAUCCCUGUGACUUGAUUAAGUGCUGUGCAGAUUGAUUUUUAGAGCUACUGAAUUGAUAACAAUAUAUUUCCAUUGUUUUAUACUCUGGUCACAAUUCAUGUGAUUAAUUACUGUUGUUCAGAACUAGUGAAGUGGCUAUCAGAAGAUGAGCAAAUAGAAAGAAAGAGUGCCUUUACCCUGAAACCAGUUGUGGAAGUUUUUGCUGCUGGACAAGCGGGACUGAACUGGAGAACCAUGCAGCCUGAGUGGUGGUUGCUGGGAGGGGGCAAUUAUAGCCAAGCUUUGCCUUUUUCAUAGCUGCCACCCACCGAAUCAACAUUUUCAUUGAGCAGCAACCCAAAGAUCUUUUUCCUGCUUAGCUACUGCCAGUUUAGACUCCAUUAUUCUGUGGCCACAUUCACACUGUACGCUUAAAGCAUUUUGAUAGCACUGUAGUUUUGUUAAGGGUGCAGAGAGUUGCUAGGAGACCCCUAUUUCCUCACAGAGCUGCAAUUCUCAGAAUGGUUUAAUGAUCAGUCCCUCUUCACAGGGAACUAUGGGAAUUGUAGCUUUGUGAUAAGUGUUUUCUGGAAAAUCUUCAGUCAGAGCAAUUUGCACAGGAAAAUGUACAUUUUGGCUUUGGAAAAUGUUAUAAUGGCCUAGAUAGUGAUCUAGCUUAGGAUGCUUAUUUUACUUUUAUUUAGUAAACAUAGCUGUACUCCCUGACACUGCCAAGCUUUUGUAAUUAGCAUCCAUUCAUUGUUGCUAAUGAACUUAUUAAACUGGUGUUUUUUUCUGUGGAAAAAGAAAGCACUUGGCUUAAUGCAGGCAUGUCCAAAGUCCAUCUCGGGGGCUUAAUCUGGCCCGCCGGUCGGUUUAAUCGGCCCUUACACGUGUUCACUUCAUCAAAUCUGGCCAUCUUUGAAAAAAGUUUAGACACCCCUAGCUUAAUGUAAGUGCUGCAAGAGCAGACCUUCUGAUUUUUCGAGUGACUGUGUAUCAUUUUUCAGAUCAUGAGGCAUUACUGUCAGUAGUUGUGAUUUACCCUGUGCAUUCUCUUGGGUUCAGCAUGGAGAAUAGAAGUUGUAGGAAUGAUGGAGAGCUGAAGAUGGUUGCUUUUUGAAGUAUAGUUAAAUUCUGUCCGCCUUAUCAAUUGCAAUAGAAGACUUGCAAAACUUCAUUUAUAGUAGCACUCAUUUUUUUCAAAUGUGUUGUAAAACAAGCUUCUGUAUUCAGAGAACAGCAUGUUCUUAGUUCAUAGUUCAUAACUCGCAAACUGCAUAUGCAAGUUAUUUGAUGCAGUUUCAAACACUACCCUGUCCCUCAACAGCAUAUAAUUAAUUGGGGCCAGGGCAGACAUUGGCAGACUGGUACCUACAGUCAUAGAAUGGUGGGACAUGAAGUGAAUUCCAGUUUCUCUCAGAGAUCAUUGUGCCACCUUCCUUGCACUGCCUGUGAAAGGACAAUUUGAUCUCUUUGUACCACAUCUGCUCCACGUUCUUUCAGUAUAUAUUUAUAGAGAUGUGCAGGUCACCCAGAAUAAGUGAUGGUGAACUUCAGCCCUUGAAUUAAUUGCCAGGGAGAUUAAAAAAUUGUUGUUUAGUGCUUAAUUAUAUAAAGUAACAGGAUAUAGAGAAAACCCAUUGUGCGCAGAAAGGGCUUGUGUUCACAUAUUGGGUGGGGGUGCUCAUUGUUUGGGCGUCACUUGAUCUCCAUCCCUCAAGAAUGUAGGGGGACGGAUCCGGGAGAAACAAAUGAAACCCCCUGUGAGUUUCAAGGUACCCUAUGUCCUGAAGGCAUUACGUUUUGUUUCCUAGCCUCUGGAACUGACUCCAUUGAUGUAGAGUGUGAAUGUAGAAAGAGGCAUUGUAAUGGUCUGAACUUACUGCAUAACUUGUAUUAGAUGUUUUGGAGAGGGACAUCCAGAAGGGAGAUCGUCAGGAGGCGCUGUCAUUUUUGGCAAUUUUUUGUGCAAUGUAGUUCACCCUAAAAGUCAGUGUGGAGUUGAUAAGUUGAUGACUUCAGGGUUUAAGUUACAGUGAGUUGUGAAAAUGUUUCUCUGCACCACCACCCCGGCAGGGCAGAAAAUGCUCCAGGAACAAGUGUGCAUCAGCUUUGUUUCAUUAUUCAUUACUUAUGUUUAUUCUCUAGAAUAAUGUUUGCUCAUUUGGGAAAUAAACUGUUUUAAGAACUUGUCAGCCAACUGUUAAAAGAUAAAAUCUACCCAGAUUGUUGUGAUUUCUCUCAGACUUUCUUUUAGUGUUCAGUGUGUGUAAACUCUUUAGCAGCAGUUGGAACAGCUUUCCACACGUAGGCAGUAUCAGCACAUUACUAAAGCAGCACAUAGAUCUUGAGAUCUUAGUUCUUAAAAAUCAAAUUUUAUGACAUUGGUCAAACCUAGAUUGUUUGCUAGGAUCAUGACUGCUGUGCCACUUGUUCCAAAGCACUCCCAAUAUGAGGAUUUCAAUGAAGGAUAUGUUUUGGAAGCUGCAAAUAGUUGUCAAAGCAAAUCUGUGGCUAACACAUACUAAUGUUAAUAAAUUCAUUAAAAAAUAUUGCCAUGACAAAACAAGGGUUUGACAAUGUUUGUUGUAUAACAUUUCUUUUAAACCCGCUGGUCACUAAUGCAGAGCAUACUAGUUAAGAUGUUUAAUCUUGCCACUUCAGUGCUUGAGUAGCAAAUUGAGAUAUAUAUUGUUUGCUUUUGAACAUGCGCUUGCCAAGUGUUCAUGUCUCUCGCAAUAUUGGAACACAGUCAAGUGAAACACAGUUGAAUGACUAGAUUGACAAACAUUCUGUAACCUUUGUUUUAACAUUAAAUGAAGCCAAGAAUGGUCUGAGAGCAAGCAAGCACAGUAUAUGCUGACUAUAAGAUUAUUAUUAUUAUUAUUAUUAUUAUUUCCUAAGUAAUAAUCAUGUGUAUUUUAAAGCUUUUUUCAAUUUUCAGUGUUUUGAUUUUGUACAGUACAUUGUUUUGUAUGCAAACACUUCUUAAUUGUUGGGGUGGUGUGUUUUUUUCAAAACAAAAAACAAAAUCAUGUUUUGUAACCAUUACUUAAAAUGCUAUUGUUUUGGAAUGUUUAAAAGGAAUGGCUCGGGAACAGGUACCUUAAAGGUAACCCUCGCCUGCUCUCAAAUGAACCCGUCUUGACUUCAAUAUCACAUCAAAGAUGCUGCUCUAAGUCCAAAUCCCACCCCAGCAGCUGAAGUAAGGCAGUGAUGAGAGACAAGGCCUUUUCAAUUUAUGACAUACCUUAGGAAUUCACUUACCUGGUGCCAUCUUUAUUUUCUUUUGAGUGCCAGGUGACAAUCAUAUUUACUAAGGCUUUAUUGUCUAAUGCUGGAAUUUUAAACUACAGUAGACACUCGGGUUGCGAAUGUGAUCCAUGCGGGAUUCGGCGCUUCUGUGCAUGCGUGACCACCGAAACCCAGAAAUAACCCGUUCCGGUACUUCUGGGUUUCGGUGGUCCGCAACCUGAAAAAAUGCAACCUGAAGCAGCUGUAACCCGAGGUAUGACUGUUCUCUCUUAUAUGUUUUUAUGAGUUUGUGACUUCUCUAAACUGCUUUGAGAACUACAGCUGAAGAGUGGUUAACGGAUAACUUAAAGUAGAAAUAAAAACUGAUUUCUUAAAAUGGUUUAAAAUUUAAUGUUAAGUUUUAGAUCCAUUGUAUUAGUACUGUUUUCUACUCAGGCUAAUUUUUAUACAUCAGAGUCCAGAGCAGCUCCUUUUUCUAUGGUAUUUUAUUAUUUAUUAUUAUUAUCGCUCCUAGGAAACGUGGCUGAAUGCAAGAGUUUGUCUUUAAGUUGCCAAAACAUAUUUUUUAGAAAAACAUGCUGGUUUGAAAUCAGUCUUCCUGAUUUUACUUCGUAAAUACAAAGUAGGUUUUGUAAAGUAUUUUAAAGUUGAAACACCCAUGGUUUCAGCUUAUAUUUUCUGAGGCACUGCGUAUAUUCAUCAUCCCUGGGCAUAAUUUCAUUUCUUUACAUCAUCCCUGAGUAUAAUUUCGUUUCUUGUUCAAAAUCAUGCCAGUGGAAACUGUCACUCCAGUCAUUUGCCACUAUCUUGAAGAGUUUCUUCAGCAGCAGCUGAACAAAGAUGAGUGGUGGUAACACUACAGAUAGUAGUACCAUGUGAGGUAUGGAGCAUACUUCAGUCACCUGCUUUGGCCACUUUGGAGUGCUCUGAAUUGAGAAGAGAGGGUGAGAAAUACUCCUUGAGAAAGCUAGGCAGCUCAAUAUACUGCACAGUGUUGCCUGCCCUCUUUUUGUCCUACUCUCACUGACUGCUUCACUUGCUCACCCCCUCCAUUUCUUUUUUCACUUUGUCGUACUCAGGAUGUUUCAGCUAACCUUCCAGAAGUAGGACAUUCCAUAAAUUUGGAACAUCUACUGAGAACAUGGCUGAGAUACAAAUAGCUUCAUUAGAUAUGCUCUAGGAUUCGGGCAUUUCCACUGGGGUUUUUAUUUGCUCCCUUGAGCAAACAGCAGGCUGUCACACAAACUGUUUUGGAAGAUCCUUCCAGCUUCAGAAGUUUGCCAUGCGACAUGACACACAACGGACAGGUUGAGAAGAGCUUUUGUGUUGAGAAAUAUAUGCUGAAAGCCCAUGGGGAAGCAAAACUAGUUGCACGGUUGUUUAGAUUAAGGUCCCUGUUUUGCUUUUAAAUCUCACUGAGGUACAGGAGAUAGUACAGUGGUACCUCUGGUUAAGAACUUAAUUUGUUCUGGAGGUCUCUUCUUAAGCUGAAACUGUUCUUAACCUGAAGCACCACUUUAGCUAAUGGGGCCUCCUGCUGCUGCCGCGCCGCCACCACACGAUUUCUGUUCUCAUCCUGAGGCAAAGUUCUUAACCAGAGGUAAUAUUUCUGGGUUAGUGGAGUCUGUAACCUGAAGCGUAUGUAACCUGAAGCGUAUGUAACCCGAGGUACCACUGUAUUUAUUAGUGACAUUCAUUAAGCUUUAUUUUUUACAGGCCGUUUGUAUGCUAUGCAGACAGGUAUGAAGAUUGAUAGUAAAAACCCAGAGUGUCGCAAAUUUUUAUGCAAGCUCAUGGAUCAGCUUGAAGCUGUAAGUAGUUUUGUUGCUGUAUUGUUAAUUUUUGGCACUUGUAUAUAAAGAAGAUUUCACGGAGAAUAAAUUGACCAUAAUGCUAGUGAAUGUUCCACAAGAACACACUUAACAAAUGCAGUGCACAACUAAUCAGGCCUAAUAAAGCAUUGUAUGUUCAUAGUAUUAUUUACUGCAGUAAGGUUUAAAUUUGACUGCUAGAUAUCUCACAUAGUUCCUGUAUUGUUACAUUCUGGCUCAGUUUCGAUUAUCCUACAAACCAUCGUUUGGAGUAUUGAUUCUUCAAUACUACAAGAAAGUCUCAUUGAAACCAGUGAGACUUGAUUCAGAGUAACUCUGGUUAGUAUAGGGCUGUGGGAGUGUGUGCUGCCUCCUUUGCAUCCUUGAUAAACAAGGGAAGAGGCAAGGGAUGAAUAUGAAGUACAUGAGGCCAUGACAUGUUCCCAACCCUUAAUUCAAAGAAACAGAAUGUGAUCUAAACUGCCCACUGUGUGCUGCCAGUUUAUAGAUGUCUGGCCUCUAAAUUUUGUUUCUGUACUACUUGCAAAAUAGACUGACCUCCCAAUGUUUUCUGUACACUCUUGGCAGCUCAGGAAAUAUAAGGGUAGUCUAAUAUCCUUGGUUUUUGUUUUGUAAGACGAAACUAAGGUUUCUUUAAAUGCCAACAGUAAGUCUAUUCAGGAGCCCUAAAUCCACCUGUUGUAACUGUAACAGUGUUAUUUACUUUGCUGAUUUUAUUAGGAAACCUGAAGCUUCUUGUACUCUGUAACAUCUUUGAAAUGAGGUCUUUGAAUCGCAAUGCACUGCUUGACUAAGCAGUACCGUAAAUCUUCAGGUCACUAGAGCAGUUAGGUUGAAUCAGGGACUCUCAUUUCAUUAGCUCUUUAUUCAUAUUAAAUGUUGCAAUCUGAAUUACAGGAGGCAACUAUUGAGUCCUAUUGACCUUCCCUGCCUGUGACACAGGUUAUGAGUUAUAUAGUGUUGACUCUUUAUACAAAGUUUUAUUAAGUGCGGGUUAGGGAGGCAAAAGUGUUGUAGAACUUUUAGAAAUCUGAACUGUGGCAGCUUAGCCACAGUCUGACUCUGUGGCACAGUAUGUUGUUGUUUGAAAAUCCUGAAUAUGUUUUGCUUCAGUUUUUUUUAAGGUUCCUAGUUUUCAUGGUUAUGGAUUAAAUAAAGUUUUAAAACAUUAGGCAAUAAAAAAAACCAGAGUGAGGAUAAAUGGUGAUGACUGGUACUUGGUGGCUGCAUGGUGCCUAUCCUGUACAAGCACUCCUUCCUUUGUAGCAUGUGCUUCAUUCCUUAGUUUGCAAUGUAUAUUCAGUUGCUAAAAAUAUAUUCGCCAGCACUCCACAUGCCCCCCACCAAAUAGAUUGCACAAAUAAAAAUAUUUGCUUAAUGCUGUGAGGAGCUCUCCCACAUAAGAAAUUUGGAAUGAGUGUAUGUUACACAUCACCACUAAGUUUCUGCCAAUAACACUUGAUAAUGUUGAUCUACAUGGUUAGCAACACUUAAAAGAGUUGCAGCAAGUACCAGAAGUCUCUUCUUGGUGGCCUCCCCGUGUCAGGAGUAAUUUGUUCAGAAAGUGGCAGAUAUAUAGCCAGAUCAAAUGGGGGAUGAGGGGUUAUUGUAACUUUUUGGUGCUUUUAUCUUGUGAACUGCCCUGAGAUCUUCAGAUGAAGGGUGGUAUAUUAAUUUAAAUAGAUAGACAGACAGACAGACAGACAGACAGACAGACAGACAGAUAGAUAUGGCAUGGGGCUCAGUUAGCUAUAAGAACAAUGAGUGAGAAAAGGGCAACAAGUUUAAUGGUUCUCACUGAGCUAGGAAACCUGUGUGUGUGUGUUGCAUGUAGGUCAAGGAUCAAAUAGUAGAAAGCUUUCCCAAGGAAAAAAGAAUAGUUUCUAUAAACAGAAAACUAGCAUGUCAAGGAAUCAUCUAGGCUAGAACUCUUCUCUUAACACCUUCCUUUCUUUGUGGAGGGAUUUUUCUGUAUGGAAGAGCAUUCAGAUAUGCAAGUUCUUACCUACUCUCUGAGGUGGCAUAGCCAAUUUACCAAUUUACUGGAUGCUAAAUCAAGGGCUAGUAGGAAAUCUCUAUAUUGGCACCCUCCACAGCACAGGGAAGCAGAGGGAACAUGCAAACAUAUGGCUAACUUGUAUUAACAGGAAUGGUGUUUAAGAACAGAGUUAGUCUUAUUUUCUCAUUGAAGGCAUGAUUGAAUCCGAGAGUGCUUGCAGCUGUGUUGGUGGCUUCAGGCUAUACCUUUGAGAAUUAAGAAUCUAAAAUAUGCCCUUGCAGUUUCAUUUCUCUGGCCUAGUAAUUAACCAAAUAUAUCUUUAAAUUUUCUCAGACAAAGAAGCAGUUGGGUGAUAAUGAAGCUAUUACUCAGGAAAUAGUUGGCUGUGCCCAUGUGGAGAAUUAUGCACUGAAAAUGUUUCUUUAUGCAGAUAAUGAAGACCGAGCUGGGCAAUUUCACAAGUAAGUGGGGGGAAAGAGGCAAUGUAUACGGUAACACCUAAUUGAAAUAAAUAUAAAAUUGAAGUAAAGUAGUAAAAAGGGACCCCUGACCAUUAGGUCCAGUCGUGGCUGACUCUGGGGUUGCGGCGCUCAUCUCGCUUUAUUGGCCGAGAGAGCCAGAAUACAGCUUCCAGGUCAUGUGGCCAGCAUGACUAAGCUGCUUCUGGCGAACCAGAGCAGCUCACGGAAACGCCGUAUACCUUCCUGCCGGAGCGGUACCUGUUUAUCUGCUUGCACUUUGACGUGCUUUCGAACUGCUAGGUUGGCAGGAGCAGGGACUGAGCAACGGGAGCUCACCCCAUUGCGGGGAUUUGAACCGCCAACCUUCUGAUCGGCAAGUACUAGGCACUGUGGUUUAACCCACAGUGCCAAGCAAAGUAACCUUGCAGUUAAAUAUAAAACAAUUGACCAGCAUAUGCUCAUUUAUUUAUAUGAUGCAGAAGAUCUGUUGGUCUGAAUGAUCAAGGUUGCAGAACGAGGUUGUAAGCAUUGGGGAGUGGGGUGGCCAUCUGUUGUCCUCUGUGAUAAAAUAAUGCCUUCUUUCACAUGCAAAUAUCUAAAAAAGAUUCAUUUUUGUUUUGUUUUUAAUCUUACUGAGAAACUCAAAUUGUUUUCCCCCCCAGAAAUAUGAUCAAGUCUUUUUAUACCGCAAGUCUUCUAAUAGAUGUCCUGACUGUGUUUGGAGAACUAACAGAUGAGGUAAGUUACACGGUUAAGCAGUAUAUGUCAUUAAUUGCAUGAAAUAGAGAAACAGAUUUUUGUUUCUAGUCCAGCUAAACUUAGUCAUGACUAAAUCUCAUUCAGAGCAAUAGGACUUCAGUUAGCUGUGACUAACUUGUUCCAUUUGCUUCUGUUGCACAUAGUCACAAGGUAGUUUUUUCUGUAUUGUUGCUUUUCUGUGUUAGAAUAUAGUCCAGGAUCCAUAAUUAUUUUGCCUCAGGUUCAGGAAUGCCAGUAGGAUUUUUGACUUUGAAGAGCAGAUCUUUGGAUUACAAAAUGCCUUUGGAAGUUUUCUGAGUUACACACAAGUUUGCUAUAUGACUUUGGGAGCAGCAGUUUGAGAAACAGAAGCCAUGCAGUCCACUUGGCUGCACAGAACUUGCACAGUUCUUAGGAUCCCAGUUUACUAUUUUCUUCACAGAAUAGCAGCUGCUAAUUGCAGUUUUUACAGUAGCUUUGAAUAGAACUGAAAAGUAGCAGAGUUUAGCAUUCAGAGUUAGCGGCAUUCAGAUGGUUUAAAGUGAGGGAAAGAAGAAAACCAGCAUUCUGCACACUUCUCAUUUGGUAUAUAAAAUUGGAGGAAGUGACAGAAUUAAGGAACUAAAUGAAAUGGAUCAAAAUGAAAUUUUUAGUUCUUAAUGAUAAGAUUUUUAAUUUCUUUUGAAAAAGCAAAAUAGUAAGUAGGUGGCUGAGAAUCCAGUUCUUUGGAAAAUAUAACUAUGAUCAACUAAACCGAGAUCUCAAUUCAUACUAGCUUUGAUUUUAAGCCAAAGACCCUCAUUUCUCUAACCAGGUAUAAUUUUAUAUUUAUUUGGGUGUUGUUUUAGCCCUGAAGGACUCAAGGCAACGGGCGGGGGCAGGGUAUUUAGGAAAGGGUCUUGUAUUCUGUAUUGUCAAGGCAGUUAAUAGUUUUGGUUAUCUUUUUAUCAUGUUAAAUGUACUCAGCUUUUUGAAAUGAGCCAUCAUUUAUACAUUUGUUUAUCUAUUGCAUUUGUGAAUUUUCCUGCCGUCUUGCAGAGCCCAGGGCAAUGUAUAAAGAAUAGAACAGCAAGAUACAUCUAAUAAAUAAACAUAAAUAACCAAAUAGAACUAGAAUAUAUCCAUACGAUCAGGGCAGUAAAAACACACUAAUACCUAACAGCUGUAGAUUGGUUUAACCCAUCUGACUUCAUUUGUAAAAACUUAGGUAAACAGAAAUUACUUCAGCUGAUGUCUAGUCAAAGCAAGGAGGAAGGCCUUCCAAAUAAACGUUAAAAUUGUACAGGCGUUUUGAUUGUCCUGUAGUUGAUUUUACACUAGUUAUAUGUGAAAAUGAAUUGUAAUGGAGUGGAAUGCACUUCUUAAUAGCUAUUGGAUCACCGAGAAAUAUAUCUCAUUAGUCCUCUGCAAGGGACAAUACAGACAUAAAAUAUACUUGUGAUUCAGGAACUGGGAACAAACAGUGGGAUCUUGCGCUGGGACUAGAGGGCCUUAUAUCUAACCUGGACUAGCAUUAUUGACAAGAAAUGAAAUUUGCAUAAGAAAAGAAAGGGCCAAAGUGCAGUAGUGUGUUCAACAGUAUGGCUCCACUAUUGGUUGCCCCAGGGAAUAGUUGGGGGAGUAUUGGGAAGAGAAACUAAGAUACUUCUUUUUACUGCCAGCUACUUCCGUUCCCCCAUUAAAAACUGCUUGUCUUCAGAAGAAUUAGACCCGUAAAGCUUUAAAUGUGUUAGGAGAAAUGUAAUGAGUGUAUUUUAAAAGAAUAUGCCAUAGACAUUCACUGCCGUUAAGCCUGUAAGCCUGUUACUUAUAUCAGAAAUAGAAUCAUUUCAUAACCAUUGGUCACCAUUAGGACUAGUCUCUAGAAGGUCCCAUUUGAGACACUAACUCUUAAAAAGUUGAUGAAGAUCCAGAUAUCAUAUAUUGCACAAUAAGCCUUGGGUACUUAAGGUAAAAGGCUGUUACUGCUUUGUGCAAAGUGGUAGAUUUAGUUGAUGAAAGGACCUAGAGAUCCAGGAAAAACCUGGCAGCUAAGUAGAUUGUAUGUUAAGAAUGGAAGAUGUGUCAGAUCAUGCUCUAGGCAUUUUUUUAAAAAACAAAACAAAAUAAUUUUUUUUAGCCACACUUUUGCUGGAAGAUCUCAGUGAUUGUAAAGGAGGGUUUGGAGGCUUGCAUGCAACUUGUGCCUAUUAAGCGACCCAUCCCUGGUUUUAAAUAACUGGAGUAAAUAUAAUUUGAGCAACUUCUCAAGGCAGAUUUCUUAUUUAAACAAAGACUAUUUUGGCUGAACAGGAUUAGAGUUAAGUAUGCCUAAUAAAAGGGAGAAAAUGGAAACCAUCAUGAAGACUACUUUAAAAUAAAGAUGUGUGCCAGCUCCCUAGUUAAUUUCUCUUGCUUACACAUGUUCACCAGGAGGUUUAGUCGGAGGCAUGCUGGAACAGAUAAAUUCUAAACAAGAUGUUCCAUUUUCUGGCAUGUCCUUCGGAAAAUAAAUUUGAAGGAAUUGUGCAAAAUGGUCAAAAUUAAGAGGCCCAGAUGGAAAAAUAUGUCAGAAAUGUUGAAAGCCUUGUGCAGAAGUAUAAAAUUCAUAAAGUUGGUGUAGGCGAAUUUCAAAGCUAGUCAAAGGGGUUCUGGAAUGACUAUAAAAUUAGUUAAACCCAUGUUAAAGUAAUUCACAUCCCAGAAGCAGGAUACAUGAACUUGUUGUAAUUUAUGAAAAAGGCCUGCAGCUCUGAGAUUGAAGAGCCUUUUUAAAAAAAAAUGAAAAUCCUAACAUAUCUUUACAAAAACCAGAGUAAGAAAUCAAAAUGGUUAGCAUAAGUACAUUGUAAUAAUUUCCCGCUAGAAAAUGUUUUGGUGGUAGAAUACUGCCUAUUGCAGCUAAUUUAUAGUACAUGCUUGUAAAAUAGCUAAAUCGUAACGUUAUUUUGCACAUUCAGAAAAUAUGUAUCAGUAAACUAGUCUCUUCAUUCAGUGCCUCCCUGAGGUUAGAGGGAUGAUUCCCAUUGAGAUUCAAAGUCAUGACCUUCCCUCCUCAGCAGCUACAAAUGUUCCAAGGAGCAAAUAACCCAGCAUCCGUAAGAACUAGACUGCAUUCCUGUUAUUGUGACUGUUUCCUGUUAAGACGUAUUUUGGAAAGAACCAGCUCAUGGAGAGUAGAAAUUAGAGAAAACUAAUAUGCUUCGGUAUUAAGUGCUACAGAACAGCGAGAACAAAGAGAAAAGAGAGGGAAGGUUCAGAAAUGUUUUGCUUGUGUCCAGUGUCUGUUGAUUAUUGGAUAGCUAGCAGUAUGUUGCAAGCCCUAAGUGCUGAACUAAAAAACAACUAUAUAGCCAGAAGCACUUAGUAGUUGCUGAAGGUAUUAAUGGGGGGGGGGAUGCAGGGAAGCCCAUCUCAGGAGCUCAUUCUGUUGUGCUUUAUCAAAGCAAUACCUAUUUCAGCUUCCCAAGUGUUGAAUCAGAGUGUGAAACAAGCCAACCAACCUAUGGCAGUCAUUUAAGAAAAAGUACUUCACAAGUAUGUUGUUAUUUAAGAGACUUGGAGCUAGAGAGGAACCAGUGGAAGGGGUAUAGAAAAAGGUGUUUUUUCUCGUGCUGGCAGCCUCCACCCCAAAAAGCCUCUCCUAGGAGUCAAGAAACAGUUCCUGAAUGGGGUAGGCUUGAUGCAAAAGGAGGGGACGAUAAUUGAAAAUGGGGCAAAGGCACCUUCCCCAAGUGGGAGCCUCUUUAAAUAAAAACAUGUGAAGUUACGAUUUUCAAACAAGUCCUGUAGGCUGUUUCUCAUUUGGACCGAAGAUUUGGGAGGCUGAAGAACAUACUGUCUUGAUAAAGAAUGAAGCCCUGAAAUUGGUGUCUAUGCAUUUUUUCCCCCAGUCACACUUUUAGCAACUCACAAUUCUAGCUAGUUCUUUCCCAGCACUUUAGAUCCCCCCCCCAGCCACCUUCUGCCAGUUCUUCUCUGGCUCCAAGCCAAUAAGCGCAACAAUAUUGCUAAAAGCAACAAUUGCAUUGACAAGUAAAAACCCUGAAGGAUGUUCCAGAUGUUUAUGUGGAAGGCACCAAGGACUUUGUUUGUACAUACAUGCUCAACACUUGGUGACUGCAGCAUAAAUGAAAGAACUAUUGUACAUCAAGCCCCACAAUCAGAUAUCUUUGAUCACCAAGGCUGCGAUCAUUUUUAGUGAAAUCAGUAUGGACAUACAAGCAGUAAGUUACCGAGUUGUUGAAGCAUCAUGGGAUAUAAAUACAAGAUGGACCAGUCUAUUUCGUCUUUUCAUGGCUUGUAUUAUGCUGUCACUUACAGAUUGCAUGUUUUAGAACAAAUCUGUAGGCUCAGUAGUCUAUAGGUUUGUUCUAAAACAUGCAAUCUGUGUUGGCAGGCAUUAAUACCAAAGUUAUUUCUUAAGAAAACAUAGCAGAACAUAGCCUCUUCACAUCCAGAUCCUAGCACUUAAAUUCUAGCAACCCUCUCCUGUACAAGUUAUUAAGCACCCUCCAUGGACUUUAACACUAAAACUCAUUUUAUAAUUUUUAUAUAAGGAAGUAUUUUAUGCAGUAAAUUGCUGUUUUAGCCACAGAAAAUGUCUCUAUAAAAUAGGCCCAUGCUAGAUUAGAAAAUCAAGAAGCAAUCAACAAAGACCAAAGUUAUAAAGUUUCUGGUUUUAUAAAAUGUGCUUUGACAUUUGUUUUGAAAUGUAGGAAAAAUACACUAUCCAGGAAACACUAGGUACAGAGAAAUCCCAUUGGCAGCCAUUUCUAAGUUAUACUGGAUUGAGCCUUUGACUGCGAGUCUAAAUAGGAAACAUUGAGAUAAUGGGAUCCAACCGCCCCCUGCUCAGUACAGAAUCUGCAGUGCAGGAGGCAUCUACAGCAUCGCUGACAGUCCGUCCAGUGUUCAACACUCAAUCAGUUUUUAAUGUCUUACAAGAAGGAAGGAGAGAAAUGAUUUUCCGAAUCUCUUUGCUGUAUUGUAUUUCUGUAUUUUUGCCUUCUGGUGUUUGCUGUUUUGUGAUGUUAUGUUCAUAUUGCAUAGAAUUGGUUAUCUCGUGGAUGGCAGAGGUGUCCAGGCAAGUAAUGCUGGUUCCCUUGCAGCUCGGAGACAGGGAACACCUCUCCUCCUAUUUAGGCUCAGUAUGUUUCCUGUAUCAGUUUGGAGCACUUCCUGCUAGUUACCUCUUUAUCCUAAUAGAAUAUUUUUCUGAUUAUUUGCUCUCUCAGUCCUCCUCCCCUGUUAUAUUCUCUUUCAUUGUUUAACAGUUGUCAAACAAAUAAACCAUUUUCCCCCUCCCUGUCUUUUCUCUCCCCACUCCUGGCAGACAAAAAUGGCUUUUUUAAUGCCUAUAGCCCUUGCUUCACAAUCCAAAGCACCACCUAUUAAACUAAAGGCAUAGCAAGGGUGUGGGCUGUACUCAGUAGCCACAGUGAGUUCCCAGUCACUGGAAUCUUCUGCCUCUGCCGUGGCCGCCAUUUUUAUCCGCAAACAACCCUGAGGAGGAAACUUCCCAAGGCACCUGUGAAGGUGCUUUCUUGGUGACCAGCAAUGGCCCUAUUGCUGACAACAUGGCUGUGGUCCCUUGCUCCAUAGUCUGCCCCCACCCCUCCAUAGUAGCCCAGCUCUAUGAGAAUAUCUGCUUCCUGUGCAAGGGCCUUGCUUCAGGCACAGUAGCCACAGUCUCCAUCUGAAAACAGGAACUGUUAUUCUCAAAUGAGGAACCUGUAGAAGGUCUUCUGUUGAAUGUGGGUGUUUCCUUUCCGAGCUCCAAGCACUACCCGCUUGGAGACUCCUGGUAAUCUUUGAACAAGUACCAUUUAUGGUAAGAACAACUAUUCCUUUUUAUGUUUCCUUUACUUUUGCCAGAAAGUUGGAAUAUAAAAUGCCUUAAAUUAAUUAAAGAAAGAAAAAUCCAUUUCUGUGGAAAGCAUGAAUAAGAAGGUCUAUCAGAAGGAUUUGUACCGGUGGGUUCUAGCAAAGUGGUAUAACUCUAAAUAUUUAGAAUUUAAAACUUUCUUUUCCUUGUAUUAUUUUGCAGCCCCAAGCUUCCACAUACUAAGAAAUCAAAUAAUCUAAUAAUAAAUGUCUUGCUUUAUUUUGUAGAAUGUUCAACACAGAAAAUAUGCCAGGUGGAAGGCAGCUUAUAUUCAUAACUGUCUAAAGAAUGGAGAAACACCACAAUCUGGACCUACUGGAAUGGAAGGGGAAUGUGAGUAACUAUUUUGUGAUAUCGAAUAUUGCUUAUAGUUUUGAUUUAUCUUUAAAGUAAACAUCUUACAUUUAAAUGAUGCAAGAAGUUCAAGCAGUAAUUCUGCAUAAUUAUUCAAUGUAAAGUCAGUCAGUCCCACUUACCAGUGUUUAGGUCAGUAGAUGCAAAGGUGCUAAUAUGACUGAGAAGUAUUAAUCUUCCACUUCAUUUUCUUUUAUUGCAUAUGCUGGGCAAUGCAGAAGAGGAGGGUUGCCAUCCUUUCCUCUCUUGUUAAUGAUUGCAUCUGUUUAGACUCUAGUUGGCCCUAGUUACAUUAUCUUGGCUGGUUUCAUUGAUUUUCUUGGCUUGAGAGAAAACUGCUGAGUGUUUUGCACAUUUAAUUUUAAUAGCAUUAAAAAUAUUCUGUUAGAAUUAUUAGACGGUUGUCUUUGCUGUCUUGGAAAACAUUUUUGACCAUAGACCUGUGUCUGAAUGUUUACUCCUUUUUUAAAAAAAAUAGCAUUGAUAUUUAAAAUACUCUAGAUUACCUGUUUUCUUUUUUGCUGUUGUGUUUAUGUGCUCUUUUUACUUUAUCUGUAGGAUAACAACUGGUAAAAUCAUAUUUAAAGGCUGUUCAUAUACAGUAGUUCCAUUUUACGUGUCACAUAACCCAGAAGGUUUAGGGUCUCUUUAGUGCCAAACUUCGUAUGGAAAUGCAUUUGUACUCCAAAAUACCCAAAGAGCGUCUCAUAAUUCUUGCUUUGUGCAUUUGGGAAAGAAAAGCAGCAUUGUUUAAGUGUACUGGAGGACUUCCCCCAUUCCUUUCUGCUUGCUCACUUUCUUCUCUCUUCUGCAAGUGGAAAAAGUCAGUCUUGAAACAGAAUGAAACUAACUUUCUGUAUCUUGACAAAAUUCCAUGUUUUCUAAAAGUGUUAUUCUCCCUGUAAUUCUUGAAAACCAUAUUGUAAAUAUUUGCACUGUGACAUGUCAUUCUGUAUCUGGUUUUGUUCUGGGACUUACUGAAGCACAUCUCUAUGCCCUAGCAUAGCAUCUUAUUCCCUGGGGAUAUAUGUUCAAUUAAAAUAAUCAUAGUGAUAUUAGUCUUUCAUUGUGCAGUGUUAGAGAGUGUUUUUGGUGCAGAUGAUGAAUGUUGAUCUCUGUACCUCAAGUCAUCUGUUAGCCUAAACUUUGCCUUCACACUCUUCUACGUGUAAGGGAGCAUAUAAUCUUCCAGGGCGGUUCUUUUGUUUAUCCUCCCAGUGAUAUUGUAAAGUAGUUUAGGCUAGAAUACAUUGAUUUGCAGGCAAUGGUAUGAAAUAUGUAUAAAUUUGCAAGUAAUUUCACUACUGUUUAAUGGGGUGGGGAAAAUCAACAUGCCUCUGUUCUUUACCUACAAGAUGAUGAAAAUGAAGAGGUUGGGUCCCCUGCUCCAUUGAACCCAGGAUCUCACUCACCUUCUGCGUUUGAAUCAAGUGAUGUGCCCACAAGCAACUACACGGGCAUACAAAUCCCACCCGGUGCGCAUGCUCCAGCUAACACUCCCGCUGAAGUGCCUCAUAGCACAGGUAAUGUUCUUUACAUAUGUUCAGACCCAUUAGUCUCAUUUGUUGGAUUUCGUCAAAUGUGUAAUACAGUCGUACCUUGGAAGUCGAACAGCUUAGUUCCUGAACAUUUUGGCUCCUGAACUUCACAAACUGGGAAGUGACUGUUCCAGUUUGCGAACUUUGCCUUGGAAGCCGAACAUCCAACGGGGCUUCCGCAGCUUCCAGUGGGCUACUGGACCUUCCUGCAGCAGCCAAUCAGAAGCCAUGCUUUGGUUUUCGAACAUUUUGGAAGUCAAACGGACUUCUGGAAUGGAUUCCUUUAGACUUCCAAGGUACGACUGUAAUUUACAGCUUAAGUGAAGUUGAGCAGUAUAAAAUUAAAAGAGCAAUGAUAUUAUAUAAAACAAUAUACGACACCAUAUUAGUUAUAGAUGUUCUUCACAAUUUUUUUUCCAAUUCAACUUUAUGUUACUGGUCUAUAAUACUUUUCUUGCUUGCCUAUUAAUCCUCUGCCAUAAAAUAAAAUUAAGUUAUCAAUUAAGCAAAGGUAACCACAAGAACAAUCAGAGGCAAAAAGUUUGUAUGCAUUUGGGAUGUGGUAUACUGACACUUGAAUUGCAUGGUUUGGAUCCAAAGACCUGUGCAACUAUUUCUGCACACGUAUUUUUUGAACAGCAGCUACUCAUGCUACACAGAAAGCUGCAACUCAGUAGACUUUUAAGAACUGGUUUGUGAUAGGACAAGAGGUUUUCCUGUUCAUAGAGGAAAAGCUCACAAAUCCUACUGGCCACACCCAAGACUUUAGCCAUGCUUAAAGAAAGUAACUCUUUGCAUCUUGGCCUACAAGUCCUAUUUUUUCUUUUUCUUUUAUACAUAUGAAAGGAAAGGUUUGGCAACAGAGAUGUGGAUUUUCUUGGGGGAAAUGUAAUCGGAAGGUUUGCAGUAGCCAAAAGCAAGGUUAAAUUAAACACUGGUACGUCUGAAAAAAUAAAAUAACAUCAUCUUGACUUUGUAUGUUUAAACAAAUUUAGGGAUGGAAAAUUUGAAAUGCCCAUAUAUAAACACUAACGCACACUUACUUAGGAGUAAGCACAGCUGAGAAGUGGGAUUUCUUCUGAGUAAAUAUUCUUGGGCUCACACUAUUAGCAUUGUGAGUUGGUAAGAAGGUUGUUGUGGCUUUUUAAAACAUUCACUUAGGUUUUAACAAAGAGGAUCUCUUAAUUUCUUUCCAAUUUUCUUUCAACACAGUAAAGUGGUCUCAGACCAGGUAUUUCUGACCCUUAUGGAGCCAAAGGAAGGCUGCUCAGAUGGUACUUAGUUCUAUAAACUUGUUCAACACAGAAUGUCGUGUGCACCUACCAUGUGUUAUUUUUAUGAAUCCCAGAAGGCUGGUAUUAAGAUAUCUACAUGGGGCUAUUAUUCCAAAAUGGUCUGGAACAUAAUAUCCUCACAGAGAAUCUGUGAAGUCAAAUAGGAAGACAAAUGAUUUGCAAAUGUUGAUAUAAAUAUACAAAUCUCUUUUUUGUUACAGGUGUAACAAGCAGUACAAUCCAACCCACACCUCAGAAUAUUCCCAUAGUAGAUCCUUCACUUUAUAAUGUCCAACCUACAGGUAAGCCCCACCCGCUAUGAUCUGCAUAAUUCAAAAAGGAUUGGGUGCAGCCUGCAUUAAAACAGAGUUUCGUACCUAAAGCUAGAAGCACAUCUAUUUACUUGAAAGCAAGUCUUGCUGAGUCCAGGGAAAUCUACUCACAAGUAAGAGUAUUUAAGAUUAUAACCAUCAUUAUACUCUUGAACCGGGAAUUCAAGUUACGUUUGCAGAGUAGCAAAAGUCUUGCCCAUGUAACUGAAAAUACUCCUUGGACUAGACAUUCCAGCUUGUGCCUGAGAGGUAAUGAAAGUGGCCUUGCAGGAAUAAUAAUAUGUGAAAGCAAUUUUUAAAAGAAAUUUAACCCCCACCCCCACCACUGUAGACCUUGGAUAUUCGGUAAUUUUACAGCUAACUGAGGAGUAUGUUUUCAAAUACUUUCUCAGAACAAGCCUCUGUGUCCUGUGGACUAUAAAAAUGAGGAGAGGAUGAAGGGCGCCAGCACUGAAAAAUUGGCUGAGGCUAAAAUUCUUCCUUUAACCACUGUUAAGUAUAGGUUAAAGGCUGCCCUAUUGUACAGGCAUCAGAAUUGGCCUAUCAACUUUGCAUUGUCUGCCUGCUAGUUCAUACUAAAUGUUUAAUUUUCCAAGUUAUUAACCAGAAUCAGACUGUUGAUACUGUGUUGUCAUUAUAUUUGUUUGACUAGGAAACUAGGGCUGGUGAAAUUAUGUGCCGCAGAGUUUCUCUACUAACCUUUCUCCAAGAACAGCCAUUCUGUGGGUGUGGCAUAAAGCUGCCCAGCAAUAAUGUGCUGAUAAAAUAAUGCAUUGGCAGACAGAUGUGAUUUGGGGCCUAGGGUUGUCUAGCUAUACAAGAACUACUGCUGCAAUCAUUUUUGUAACUGGCAUGCAAUCCCUUGCACUUUAAUUCCAUAUACAUAUACUGUUACAUGCUGAGUUCUACAAUCUGAACCCCACUCCAUAAUCUCCCAUUCACCAAUAGGAAGUAGUUUUUAUUUCUCCUUGUGCAAAGCACCUUCAGCAAUAUACUCUUGUGUGUUCUUAUUCAAUGUGAUAAUGCAGUAAUUAUUGCUAUUGUACCAUCAAUGCUCACAGUGCUUUUACACAGCACAAAAGGCAUGUCCCUGCCCAUAAAGUUUACAGGCUAUAAUUUGAUACAGAGGAACAGAAAGGGAGGAAAGUAAAGACAGGGGUAAGCAGGAAAAGAAUGCCUUAUUUCAGUUACAUGUACUUAGACUUGGUUACAGUAGAGUAUUUAUGGGGUUGUGCUAACGGCAUCACUGAACAGAUGGGAUUUGAAAGAACACUCAAAGUGUCCUGGGAUGGAGUUCCAAGCAGAAGAGGCAGCAAAAGGAGGGCGGGGUCAUUUGAGGGUGAUGGAGCUGGAGUGAAGGUCACAGGCAUGGAUGUAUAUGGACUAUACAAACAUAAUGUGUACCUGGAAAAUCAGGAACUGGGUUUGCAAAAGGGCAUUGGAUAGCAGGUAUUGAUCUGGAUUUGUGCAUCUACCACUUGAGACAAUGCACGCAAUUAUCUUAAUGGAUCAGAUGACGUAGGUUGUAGCUUCAAAAGCUUAUGUCCCAGCAAUUUAAAAAAUAAUAAUAAUUAAGGUACCACAUGACUCUGUUUGCAGCCACAGAUAAAUGUAACUACUGUUCUGGAAUAAAAAUAUGCUUUUCAAGCAAAUUCUGUAAUCUCAGAGGAGCAAGUGUGAAGCCAGUUUUUAAACAGAUACAAGUUUUGUCAGACACCAGUUUUCAUUUUAAAAAGCUUUCCUUCCGUGUUAGUCUAAUUUCUUUAUCCCUGAUCUAAAUGCAUUUUCAGUUUCCAUAUCAGGCCCUUAACUGCCUAGCUGAAAGGUUCAUAUUUGGUGGAAGUUAACUCUGCACUGUCACAUUUCAAGUAAUGAAUAUAACUACUAUACCAAUAUUAUCCUUGGAUUUGAAGAGAGUCUGGCUUCUUUCAGGCUGCAUAAAGCACAGCUUCACCCAUGUGUCAAUAUUUUUGGUAUUUCAGAAUUUAGUCCUUUCAAAUAAUGCAGAUUUAAAAGCAGCUAGCAUGUAAGCUAACUUUCUAAAUGUUCAUUUUUUUGAAAUAACUCCAGUUUUCUCUCCCUUUCAUUUACAAAUAUUAUAAACCCUUUCCUGAAAUGUUGCUAUAAUGGUAUCUGAAGUGGGCCUCAAUAAUAAUAAAUAAGGCCUGUUGCCAACAGAACAUGUAAUAGAGUAGGUACUGUAAAAAUAAGAUUAGAUUGGUUAAUUUAGGCUUUGUUCCAGAAAAUCAGUUGAAUACUGGACUGAUGCCUUGGCUGUUUUCUAAAAGAAUGAUUUUCAAGUUGCUUUUGGCAUCAUAAUAUGAAAAAACAAAAUGUCCUCAAGAUGGUCUUUGGGGUAAUUUGUUCUUGCUGUGUUUUUCAAAAGGAGGAGAGGUCACUAUUGACUAAAUGUUAAAUGUGAACUUGAACAGUCAUCAGUUUGUGCACGUCACAGUUGGAACUGUGUUAGUAUUUUAAAUUAGGAAAGUAAUAUAAGUCCUGUGUAUUCAGCAUUGAACUUGGUCUAUUUGACAGUGAUUGAGUAUUUUACACAAUAAUUAGUGUAACAUUUAAUGCUCUGAUAGAAUGGCUAGUUUAUAGUCCAUGCAUUUGCCCUAUGGCCUUAAUGUGUGGAUUCUGAAUUUGGCUAACCCACCCUAUGAUGACCUGGGGAAAUCCUGUUCCACCCUGGAUCCUGUCCCAAAUUAGUUCAAGUGUGGGGCUAAUGUUUGUUUAGGGUUUUCAAAAACCCUAAUUCAACAUUCAUGCAUCAAUUUAAUGGGGUGCUCUUUCUCAAAGCAGCACCCUUGACCAGGCAGGGCAGAUGCCUCCGUUGAACAGCUGUUCUAAAAUUGAAUCCUAGACAACACUCCAGACAAGCUUCUCUCAACCUUGGGUCCCCAGAUGUUCUUGAACUACAACUCCCAUCAUCCCUGACCACCGACCAUGCUGGCUAGCAAUGAUGGGAGUUGUAGUCCAACAACAUCUAGAGACCCAAGCUUCAGAAAGGCUGCUCUGAACAAACUUCACAAGCAAGUCUGCAGUCCCAAACACACUUAACUACUGAGUACCAGAGCAACCCAACCAACCCCCCCAGUCAAGGGAGUGGUGAGUGAGUUUGAAUUAAACAGAGGUGUAUCUCCUCCCAGCCCUGCUGGCAUCUACCAGCCACUGUCUACAGGGUGACACCAGUGUGGCACACACUGGCACACACCUUUCCCUUCUGCCAGCAGAACGCUGAGGCAGAAAACAGUGCCACCUGUGGGAUCCCUGCUGGCAGCAACCAGCAACAAGCCCCGAAACAGAGUAUACGAAGCAUAGGUAGCCAGCUGGGGAUCCAUUGGAUCCUGAGCCUUUCCUGCUGUUAUCAAGUAACAGCAUUGGGCCCAAUCACUGCACCAACUCCAGGCUGGCAUGCCUACUCUUCCCCACCUCAGCCAUUUUGCACAGCCAUUGUUCCACCACUCUGUUCAGUCCCACCAGGCAGUAUUCAGGAUUAGGAAUGCCCCCUAAACCUCAGGUGGACUAAUUGGACUUGUAUCUGAGUAAACAUGCCUAGGAUUGUGAUGUCUAGCAAAAUACAGCAAGUAGUGAAAUAAGAAACACCAGUUUUUAAAGGCAGCUGGCCUAAGUAGACAACAGGCCAAUUCUUCGAGCACCAUAUGCAUCGUGGAUUUUUGAAAUAUUUACCAAUAUUUGUCUGUGGUCAAACAAAAGAUGGUGAAUUGACAUAUAUUUAGCCGGUCAGUUUGUUGGCAUGAUUAGUUUGGUGGUGGGCAUAGCUUUAAAUUGUAAACUGUAUGUAUAAAAUAUUCUACCACAUUUGAAGCAGUUUCCUGGUUGUAGUGUGUACAUACAAAAUACUAUUUAUUUUUUAUAAAACAUUUUGACCUGCCUUUGAGCGCAACACAGAUCCUCCAAGGCAAAUAGCAUUCAUAAAUUAAACACAAUACAAUAAAAACACAUGUGUACAUAAUACUGGAGACUUGCAGCUAGAACAUACUGCUUCUGGUUCUUUAUGUUCUGUCAUAACCUCUUAAGAUUGACUGGGAUUGCUGCCUUAAAUUUUCAAAAUAUGUGCCAGUUUUGAACUAAGGGCAUACAGAGAGGUGCUGAGUCAUCCUCUCAGGGGGCGUUCUUCAAUAUGAGUAAAAUAUUCUUUCCCUUGGAGACUUACCAAAGCUCAAAUAUGAGGAUCUUCCAAAAGCUGUGUGAGAUACUCUUUCAGCUGGUGGCUAGGACUAAGGCAAUAUAACUGCUGAAAUUCAGGAUUUGUAAAGGUGUUUUAACAUGCUAUUACUCAUCUUAAGCCUUUGGAAUGGGGCAAGCUACAAAUCAAAUAAAACUCUAGUGGGUUAGUGUAAGGAAUAAAUCUUAAACUUCCAGGAGCAACAGCUGAAGGGGCUGCUGGAAGCUGUUUUCCAGUGGAGAGGAGGAGGUCCAUUGGUGGUGGCCUCCCCGGUUUAGUGGGAAGUGUUGUCUCUGUACCUGUGGUGGUGCUGCAUAGACAGAGGGCCCAAAAUGGAGCAUUUCUCCUGGGCUGCAUCUUGGGAGGCCUUGGUCCACCAGUCCAAAGCUUCCUUGUUUCCCAAAAGUACUGUAGUCCUAGGACAGGCAUAGUUAUUUUCCCUCCCAUUAACAUUGAAGGGAGGAAUUUUAAAAGGCUGAAUGGGGGAAAACAAACGACAGAAAAUCCACACACGUCUUUUGGCAUGAGUUGGUCGAGCUUCAGAAGUGGCAAUUUCUCUACCUUCAAAUCUACCACCACCUUAAGAUUGUUCUGUAAAUCAAUAUGCAGAAUAUACUUCACCAUACCCUCUUGGUCUCCCUGACCGCAGAACAUCAUAAAAGAUAAACGGAUUUUUCCCUCCGCCUACUCAAACUCCAUUGGUUUGUUUGCCUUUGUUCCUGUUAAUGCAGCCUCAGACAUGGCAGCAUUUGUUGGCAUUCUGCUGGCAGAUUUGUGAACAUUUUGUGUUGUUGUAGUAGCUCAGCUAAUAGUUAAGUUAGGGGAUCUGUGAUCCAAAGUCAGGAAUCUGCUGUUUCUUACUUUAGCUUAUUUAUGUAGGCUUGUUUCUUUGCCACUAACCACUUAAUAUGCCAUCUUCAUUCAGGCAAGCAUCAGCCCAAGGCGACUUACUUAACAAUGACGCAAACAAAAUGAAGCAAACUUUUUUUAAAAAAUGGCUAAAUACCACUCUGACAAAACAGGCCAAAGGAUUUAUUCCACCUUUCCUCUUACCUUCUGCUUUGUAUCGUACUCUGUUGAGACAUUAACAAUAACAAACUUUCACAAGUUUGCUCUAAGUCUGGAGAACUUGUAUCAUUUUAUUACAAGUGAGCACCUCCCUGACAUUUUCUUUUAAUACAAAUAGGCAGAAGUAUAUCAUUCUAUAUUAAAUUGCUGCUGCAUUAAGUACCUACAUUUUUGACACUGUUUAACCUGAGGACAGAAAUGUGACGGUGUGCAUAUCUUGCAUCAAGGAAUGGGUGUAUCUUGUAACAGGGGAUGUUCCCGUAUCUAGACAAAUUACACAAAGGCGGCAUGAAUGGCCUUAGUUGUGUUCCAGGCUGGAGCGGGAGGGAAGGAAAUGUAAGGUUAAUGCAUGAGACAUUGUCCUUGUUUUUGUGCACAUUGUAACAUGAUUACCCUUAACUGAGUGGCGUUUUUAAAAGCUUUCCUUAGUGGCUUCAGAUAAAGGGCAAAUCUCUCUCAAAGUAUUGGCUUACUCAUAAAGAGUAUCAGACAACUUUAGCAUUCACCAUUGAUAUUUCCAAAGCAUUUCAAGUGGUUAAGUAAAUAUGUGCAUAAUGUAGUGGCCUUGAUUCUUAAUCCUCUCUCUUGAUUUUCACAGGGGAAAUUCGUUUGAGUCCCGAAGACUUUGCCAAGGCCCAGAAAUAUUGCAAAUAUGCUGGCAGUGCUUUGCAAUAUGAAGAUGUGAGCACUGCUGUGCAAAAUCUACAGAAAGCCCUCAAGUUACUGACUACAGGCAGAGAAUGAUGCCUUUGUCCGCCAGAUUCAUGACUUGCGCUUCGAAAACUUGGAACAGUCCAUUACUCCUACCUUCAGCCUGUCGGGGAAACACGGUUGCACAAAAGCUUUUGAUUUCUGUGACAAGAAAACAAAAUCUGUGUCUCUGUUAUCAGAUCUUUCUGUAGUCUAGUCUGGAACUACAGCCUGUCUUCAUUUAUUGGCAGAGAAACAAGAACCAUCUGGGGACAGUGGUUUGAGCACGAGUUGCCAAAUUCUAGGCAUUUCUUGUCCAAUGUUGCAGAAUGCCCCAACAUUUGAGCUACUCAUAAAAAAUACAUUUAAUUUUUAUUUAUUUUAAAAUGAAAAAGGGGAGUUAGUGCAUUUGGAAUUUGUCUGAAGUAUAAAAUAAAAUAAUUUGGAAAUGCAGAAGGGUUUUAAAGUUCAGGUGAUAAUUUUGGAGCAGUAUAGCAUAAGAUUGUGAUAUGCGAAAAAGAGGCAGAAGGAGGCUUUUUUGAGGACUAGAAAGGUGUCGGGAGCUUUAAAGAUACUUGAGGCAAAAGCAUCUUAAUGCUGUGUGAUUCCAGCACUCAUCAAAGCUCUAUGCUGUACUUUGUUUCUGGUUUCUUUCCCCUUUGUAUGGUUUAUUUCAUGUAUGAAGAUAAAAGGAAUCAAAGGAAAGAUGUGUCUGAAGUCCAAAAGCCGGCUGCAUCCUGAACUUUGAGACUAUUUGUGUUCUGAAUCUUAGAAAGAGGCCAUUGCUAUAACGAAGUAUCUGGAUUUGCUGUUAUUUGGGUUUGGGGGUAUUUUUAUUUGCAUCUGUUGCCAGAUGGGGAAAUUGCUACAUAAAUUUAAGUUUUCAACUAAUAGUAGAUUGUAGACUCCAUUAAAGCAUCUUGCACCCUUUACAUGUGGUGUUGAAUUACUCAUAUAAUGUUAACAGGUGUCUAUGCUUGUUUAAUAAGGAAUAAAAGCCUUUUAGUAUC